AUGUUAUGGAUGUUAACAAUUAUUUUUUCUAUAUCGAAUAAAACAAAACAAAUGUUAAAUAAUAAUUUAUUAAAUAUUCGAGUAAAUAGUUCUUGUACAAUAAUUAAUUCAACUUUAUUUAAAUAUGAAAGUUUAAUAUGUGAAAAUGAACUUCCAUUAAAUGAUUUAAAUAUAAAAUGUUAUAAAAGAGAUGAUAAGACUUUUUUAUUUCUUAUAUAUGAAAAAGAAGAAUAUUUUGAAAAAUCAAAAAAAUCAAAGAUAUGUGAACAUGAACGAAUUCAUAUUUAUUUA